AUGGAUGCAGAGGCUCUCGGUGAUCUGAGCCGCUGGGAGGCCGGCGGCCACCAGGCCAUCUUGGACGAGGCUGAGUUCAUCGCGGAGGUGGCCGCCCUGCGCGCGCGGGGGGAGCAGCUUCGAGCGCCGCUCAUGUGGCGCCUGGAAGAGCUCUUUACGGACAUGGCCGAGGAGUUUGUAUCCAGCAACCAGACGGAGCUGGCGGCAAACAUCCCAGGGUGGGACCGCCAGGGCCUCUACAGCCGAGUCCGGUGCUCUGACUUCGCGGUUCGGAGCCACCAAUCAGUGAUAGUGACGAAACGCCAUGCGGCAGAGGUGCGGGAGGUUGUAUCAAGCUUCACCUUGGAUCAGAAGUGCGAGUUUGUGCUGCUACACGCGGACGAGUGGCCCAGCGAACGGGAGCACACGGCGGCUCAGACUGCGCUGUCCGCAGGUACAUGCAAACCACAGGGCGGGAAGGCAACUGGGCUGGCAGCCGGGACCUGA